AUGGCGCUAUGGAGCGAAUUCUGCGAGGAGGACGAGGAUGUAGAGUCGGUGCUGUUUGGGGAGAUGGACGGGAUGCGCGUCGUUGACCUGCUGGACGCCGCUCCAGAUGCGCUCCUUGACGACGAGCUGCUCUACACGACAAUGGCGACGGCGAGGCUGGCGACGUACGGGCUGUUGCUGAGCUACGUGAUGCACCCGCCUGACCGGCCGACGAUCUACGGGGCAGGGCGAGUACAUGGGCGGGCGGGAGUGGGCGCUGUUGGUGUUGUCGUUGUCGACGGGGACGCGUCGUUUGGGUUGCUGCUCGUGGCGGUGUUCAUCCAUACGUUCCAGCUUCCGUCCAGUCUGCUCCGCCUGUUGCGCCCUGUUCCCGCCCUCCCGCUCGUCGUUGGUUUGAGGAUGAGAGUCACAGAGACCGUACUUCCCAUCGUUGGAAUGUUCCUUCCCGUCCUACUCCUCAUCGCUUUCCUCCUCUCUGCUUCGGUUAACGGCGUCUAUCUCACUGCCGUUGUUCCGAUGGAGACGCGCUCCUUGCUUCUCCUUCUCCUCUUCGCUCUCAUUGUCGCCGUCUUUUUCUGCCUUGUCCUUCGCUCCAAUUCCAGUGCAUUUUGGCAACGACAAAUGGAAGCGGUACGGCCCGGCUGUCUGUCGCGAAGCCAGACUGACUUACUAUCGAACGGUCAUCACCUACUCGACUCCGGUGCUACUUUCCUCCUCCGUUCAACCUACUCGACCUCGUCCUCUUCCGUCCCCUGCCGUAUAUUGGCAUCCCCAUCCAAUCCGCCCGAACCCUGUUUUGGCGUCUGA